AUGACACGCCUGAAGGGAAAACAGAAGGAGGAGAGAGAGGAGAAUAUACAGCUUGCUAUUAAACACUAUAGAAAAUGCAAAACAGACUUCUCAAUCCGUCUAUCAGCUGAAACCCAUGGGAUUCCUUAUAGUACCUUACGAGAUCGGUUAGCAGGAGCUCAAAAUCAUAGAGAGAGUCACCGUCACCAGAAGCUUCUUGCUGAACAAGAGGAGAAGUCAAUUGUACGAUGGAUUUUGAAGAUGGACAACUGGGGGUUCCCUCCGAGACUUGCGGUGGUUAAAGAAAUUGCGGCUCAUUUAGUCUCGCGUCGUGCUAGUGGUAGAAAGCUAGGUGUGCAUUGGAUGCAAAGGUUUCUAGAACGAAACACUGAGGUGGCCACAAAGCUAGCAGUCCGAUUGGAAAGACAAAGGGCAUAUGCAGAUAAUCCGGCUAUUAUAAAAGAUUAUUUCAAGAAGCUCCUACAUGUGAUCCGUCAAUACAAAAUUAUACACGACGAUGAGUAUAAUAUGGAUGAGAAAGGCUUUAUGAUGGGAGCUGCAAACCGGUGCAAGUUCGUGGACCUGGGUUACAGUUAUUGA